CUUGUAAAACUAAAACCCCAUUAUUUUUAGAAAAGAAUCCCUUAUUCCUCCACUAUCCGCUAUUAAAAAGGCUGGCAGGAAGCCAGAAACCAGCACUCUCGGAAACAGGGGAAAAGCCCAGAGGGAAGUCUCUUUUGCUCUUCUUUCUGCAGAAGACAAUCAGGGACUGAGCCAAGCAAUGGUGUUGUCGAGACUUCCUCUCUUCCUUGUCCCACUCCUCCUUUUCUCUUUCUUGCAGAGUCCCACUUUUGCAAUCAAAAAGUCUUAUGUGGUAUACAUGGGAGGACAUUCACAUGGUCCGGAGCUUUCAUCGUUGGAUCUGGAUGAAGUUAGACAUUCUCAUUGCGAGUUUCUGGGCUCCUUCUUGGGAAGUUACAAGAAGGCCGAAGACGCCAUUUUCUAUUCGUAUAAAAGACAUAUUAAUGGUUUUGCUGCGACCCUCGAAGAGGAAGAAGCAGCCGAGAUAGCAAAGAACCCAAGAGUUAUUUCUGUUUUCUUGAACGAAGGAAGGAAAUUACAUACAACCCGAUCAUGGGAUUUCCUUGGCCUGCAGGAGAGAGAUAGCUCGAUCUCGUCGGAGUCUAUUUGGAGUAAGGCGAGGUUCGGUGAAGAUACCAUCAUUGGGAACCUUGACACUGGCGUGUGGCCCGAAUCAAAGAGCUUUAGCGAUGAUGGGUAUGGACCCAUUCCACCCAAGUGGAAAGGAUUCUGUCAGCAGAGUGGCACCAACAAGGACGUAGUUCGUUGCAACAGGAAGCUGAUUGGAGCAAGGUACUUCAAUAAAGGCUACGCUUCUGCUGCGGGGACCCUCCUCAAGUCAUCCUUGACUUUGGCCACCGCACGAGACGACGACGGCCACGGGACCCACACCCUUUCUACAGCCGGCGGUAACUUUGUACCCGGUGCCAACGUCCUCGGUUUCGGCAAUGGCACCGCCAAGGGCGGGGCCCCUAGAGCCCGAGUGGCUGCUUACAGGGUCUGCUGGCCUCCCAUCAACGGCAGUGAAUGCUACGAUGCCGACAUCUUAGCUGCCUUCGAUGCUGCCAUCCACGACGGCGUCGAUAUCAUUUCCGUCUCCCUCGGCGGAGCCCCCUCCGACUAUUUCCAGGACGGCAUUUCAAUUGGAGCCUUCCAUGCCGUCAAGAACGGCAUCGUUGUGGUCACCUCUGCUGGCAAUUCAGGACCCGACGCUGGUUCUGUUUCCAACGUUUCCCCAUGGUUGUUCACCGUUGGAGCCAGCACCAUCGAUCGGGAGUUUCCUGUUUACGUUAAACUUGGCAAUAAAGUUCAGCUUAAGGGACAAAGUCUGUCUGCCAGUUCCCUGCCUGCAGCGAAGUACUACCCACUGAUUAGCGGAGCAAAAGCCAAAGCUGCAAAUGCAUCGGCCAAGGAUGCUCUGCUCUGCAAGGCUGGGACUCUGGAUCCUGAGAAGGUGAAGGGUAAGAUAUUGGCCUGCCUCCGAGGCGUCAACGGGAGAGUACAGAAGGGCAUUCAGGCGGCUCUAGCCGGUGCAGUGGGGAUGAUUCUGGCCAACGACGAGAUCAAUGGGAAUGAGAUAAUAGUCGAUACCCACGUCCUUCCUGCUGCUCAUAUCAUAUACAAGGACGGUCUUGAUCUCUUUGCUUACAUCAAUUCUACCAAAUCACCCAUCGCUUACAUCACGCGUCCCGUCACCCAAAUGGCUGUCAAGCCUGCUCCCUUCAUGGCUUCUUUCUCGUCACGUGGUCCUAAUACCAUUACACCCGAAAUUCUCAAGCCCGAUAUCACUGCACCGGGGGUGAGUAUCAUAGCAGCAUACACCCAAGCAACUGGACCAACAGGUGAGAAGAGCGAUGAGCGUCGAGUUCAGUUCAACUCGGAAUCCGGCACAUCGAUGUCCUGUCCCCAUGUUGCCGGCAUCUCUGGCCUUCUCAAAACACUGCACCCCGACUGGAGCCCGUCGGCAAUCAGAUCGGCCAUCAUGACUAGCGCGAGGACUAGAGAUAACAAGAGGGAGCCAAUGCUCAACUCGUCCUACGUCAAGGCGAACCCAUUUGAUUAUGGUGCAGGGCACGUCCGACCAAACCGGGCCAUGGAUCCUGGGUUGGUCUACGACCUUACUGUCAAAGAUUACUUGAAUUUCCUCUGUGCUCUUGGUUACAACGAAACCAAGAUCAAAUCUUUCUGGGAGGAGCCCUACGAAUGCCCCAACCACGUUAGACUCUUGGACUUCAAUUACCCUUCUAUCACUGUGCCUAGACUCUCUGGCCCUACCACAAUCAGUCGAACUGUAAAGAACGUUGGCACCCCAGGAACUUACAAAGCUCGCUUCCGUCCACCACCUGGUAUUUCUGUUUCCGUCGAACCCCUCACCCUCAAAUUCGACAAGCUGGGGGAGGAGAAGAGCUUCAAGCUUACCCUCAAGCUCAAGGCUAAGAAAGCUCCAGCAGCAAGCAACUAUGUAUUCGGGCGGCUCAUAUGGUCGGAUGGAAAUCAUUAUGUUAGGAGUCCAAUUGUGGUCAAGGCCGCAUAGAGGUAGGAAGUUAGGAACUAGGCUCAAGUGGAGUGUUUGGAAGGACGUUCACAUGGAUCUGAAACUUCAUUCAUUAAUAUUCAUCUACUGAAACAAAGAGUAGGGCGAGAUGUGGCUUUCUACAAGUACACAAAACAACUAUACCAUCUACAAGUUGCAAGGAAAACCUUUAGGAGAAAGAAGCAGCAAAGAUCACAAGUUCACAAAUAAUUCUGAAUUCCUGUGUUUUCUAAUUUCACCAUUUCCUUGUUAAUGUCGCACAUUCCAUGGCUAAGUGAAGAUCGUGUCUUUGUCUUUCUA